AUGGCUUUUUUUCGUAAUAAUUUGGAUGAUCAAUCCAAAACCCACUUUUUGACCAAUCUACCAGAUGAUGCCAUAUCGCAUAUAAGAUGGAGUUCUACCUCCAACCCUUUAUUAUUAUCUGCUGGUAGUUGGGAUAAAACCCUACGAAUAUGGAAGCUUUCAUCUUCACUCAGAAACUCCAUAGCAUCAGAAAUGGUUAUGGUUCUUCGCCAAGAUGCUCCAGUGCUUACAUCUUGUUUCACUUCGGAUGGGACCAAGUUGUUUGGUGGUGGCUGUACCAAUAAUGUCACGGCUUAUGAUUUGAAUUCAGGAGCAAAUGGAAUGAUAGUGGCCAGGCACCAGAAACCCAUCUCCGGGAUACAUUGGGCAUCUAUUUACAACUUGUUGAUAACAACCAGCUGGGAUGGUUCUGUAUCUCUUUGGGACGGGAGGCAGGAGACACCUGUUUGGACAGAGAAUGUAGGAGCCAAAAUAUUUGCAUCAGAUUUUAAGCCUAAUUUGAUUUGUGUUGCAGACAGUGAAGAAAGAAUACAUGCGUGGGAUUUACAAAAAAUUCAACACUCUAGUGUUAAGGCGACAAUAACUCCCAAUCAUAAGGGUCAACUUCGUUCUCUAUCCCUAUUUCCGGAUUUGAAUACAAAAGUUGGCGUUGUAUUCGCAAAUAUUGCUGGCCGUUGUUUUGUUAAUCAUUUUGUAGAAGGACCUGAUGCACCAAAUUUUGCUUUCAAAUGUCAUCGCUCUAUAUCUUCUGGCCCCUCAGUUGCUUACGCUGUGAAUGCAGUAGAUUUUAAUACUGUCUACGGUACAUUUGUUACCGGUGGAGGUGAUGGAAGCUUUACUAUAUGGGAUAAAGACAACAAAACAAAGAUAAAACCGUUUAAUAAUGUAAAUGCUCCAGUUGUAGAUGUUCGGUUCAGUUCGGAAAAUAAUCUCUUAGCUUAUGCUACCAGUUAUGAUUGGCAAAAGGGACUUAACAAACUUUUAAUGUCAAAUACACGGAAGAGUAUUGGUAUUAUAAAGCUCAAGGAAGAAGAUGUCAAGCGUCGUCCCAAGACCCAAGGUGGUGUGAAUAAGUAA